UCACAAAGGGGCAGGUGCUGGAUGCCUGGUUCAGAUGUGCAGAUCUGGUUAGGAUCAAGCAAAACCCAGUAGGAAGCAGCUGGGCAGAGGUUGUGCUCAUUUGUUUCUCAUGGCUGUGACUUUUCUCCAGGACUUUCUGAAAUGCGUCUUGCUGCUGCUCUUUGGGAAUAAUCCAGGCUGGAGAAGAUGGGCCCACACCGCCUGACAUCCUGGCCCCAGGCUAUGGUGACUUUUCCCGAUGUGGCUGUGAGCUUCUCACAGGAGGAGUGGCCAUGCUUGGAUGCCUCUCAGAGGGACCUCUACAGAGACGUCAUGCUGGAGACCUACGAACACCUGCAGGCUGUAGGGUAUUGUGGUGUUAAGCCUGCGCUGAUCUCUUGGUUGGAAGGAGGAGCCCUGCAGAGUCAGCAGAGAGCUGUUUUUUCGGGUUCACUCAGUGAUGGGACUUGGGAUUAUUCCUGGCCCCAUGCUUCAAAAGUCACUCCUGCAGAACCAAUGCAAGAAAUCCAUCCAUGUCACUUCUGCUCUCUGACCUUCUCCAUACAGAACUUCCUCAGUCCUCACAGGAAACUUCAUCAAUCCUCUGGAAUCCACCCAGGAAUAUCUGUGAGAAAGCUACCUCAAUCUGAGAAUUUUUGUCCAGGUGAUCAGAACCAAUGGCAGCAACACAAAGUUGAUGUAUCAAGGGUUGACAUACUUGAAAAUCAAAAGCACAAAGAAAGCUCCGUACCUUUGGCUAAGAAUAUAAGGCAUGAAAGAAUUCCAACAACCUUUUCUAGUUUAGUUUGCAGUCAAAUAGUUAGCUCUAGUAAACAUGUGAUGGCAAUAGAGGAAGAAACUAACACAGGGCAGAAAGAAAAUCCAAAGAACACAGGUCGAGUAGUUGCACCUCAGCAAGGCUUCAAUGAUGGAUCAAAUCUCAUCACACACAAGAGGACUCAAACAGGAAAGAAGCCCUGUGUUUGCAGGGAGUGUGGACGAGGCUUUACUCAGAAAUCAUCUCUCAUCAGACACCAGAAGAUACACACAGGGGAUAGGCCCUAUGUUUGCAGGGAGUGUGGGCGAUGCUUCACUGAGAAAUCAUCUCUCAUCAGACAUCAGACAAUACACACAGGGGAGAGGCCCUAUGUUUGCAGGGAGUGUGGCCGAAGCUUCAGUGACAGGUCAACUCUCUUCACACACCAGAAGAUACACACAGGAGAGAAACCCCAUGUGUGCAGGGAGUGUGGGCAAAACUUUAGAUGGAGGUCAACUCUCAUCACACACCAGAAGACACACAUGGGGAAGGGGAAGAGGCCCUAUUUUUGCAGUGGGUGUGGGCAGUGUUUCAUUUCAAAGUCACUACUCAUCACACACCGGAGUGCACAUACAGGGGAGAUGCCCCAUGUUUGCAGGAGGUGUGGGCAAGGCUUCAGAGGGAGGAGACGUCUCAUCGCUCACCAGAGGACACAUAUAGGGGAGAGUUCUCAUGCUUGCAGGGAUUGUGGGCGAGUCUUCGGAUAUAGGUCACUUCUCAUCACACACCAGAGAACACACACAGGGGAGAAGCCAUUUGUUUGCAGGGAGUGUGGGCAAGGUUUCAGUCAGCAGUCAAAUCUCCACAGACACCAAAUCCAAAUGAUGCACACAGGGGAGAUGUCCCAUAUUUGCAGGAAGUGUGGGCAAGUUUUCAGUGAUAGAAUAACUCUCAUCACACAUCAGAAGACACACACAGGGAAGAUGCUUCAUGUUUGCAAGGAGUGUGGGCGAGACUUCAAAUGUAGGUCAGAACUCAUCACACACCAGAGGACACACACUGGGGAAAAGCCCUAUGUUUGCAGGGAGUGUGGGCAAGCAUUCAGUCUGAAAUCAUCUCUUGUCAGACACCAGAAGUUGCACACUGGGGAGAAGCCUCAUGUUUGCAAGGAGUGUGGACGAGGCUUCACUGUGAAAUCCAAUCUCACCAGACACCGGAAGACACACUCCGGGAAGAAGCCUUAUGUUUGCAGGGAGCAUGGCCGAAGCUUCAGUGACAGGUCAACUCUCUUCACACACCAGAGGAUACACACAGGAGAGAAACCUCAUGUGUGUAGAAAGUGUGGGAAAGGAUUCAGAUGGAGAUCAAUUCUCAUCAUACACCAAGGUACACACACAGGAGAGAAGCCCCAUGUUUGCAGGGAGUGUGGGCAAGGCUUCAGUCUGAGAUCAACUUUCAUCAAACACCAGAAGACACACAUAGGUGAGAAAUCCCAUAUUUGCAGGGAUUGUGGACGAGGCUUCAGUUACAGGUCACAUCUCAUAAUACACCAGAGGAAACACACGGGGGAGUAUCCCCAUGUUUGCAAGGAGUGUGGACGAAGCUUCACUGUGAAAUCCACUCUCACCAGACACCAGAAGACACACUCCGGGGAUAAGCCGUAUGUUUGCAGGGAGUGUGGCCGAGGCUUCAAUCGGCUCUCAGGUCUGAACUUACACCAGAGGGUACAUACAAAUGAGAAGCCAUGUGUUUGCAGUGAGUGUGGACAAGGCUUCAGAUGGAAAUCAAAUCUCAUCACACACCAGAGGACACAUACAGGUUAGAAGACUUAUGUUUGAAUCAUUGGUGACUAGUGUACCAUAAGUAACAUCUCAGCAUCCACAGAGAACAAAUGCAACCACCACAAACUGCAUAACAGCUGAGAAGGUAGCCAUCCAGGGAAGUGUGUUGACUGCGCACACUCCUUCUGUAUUUUGUCCAGUACACUAAUAAACGUGGCUUUUUUAAA